AUGUCCUCCCCUACACUUGGCGACGGCUCCCGUCUGUCUGACGAACAUAAGUCACUUGUGCGGAGUGAGGGUGGGGAGACAGCCGAUCCAACACCCGAAUCCCACAUUGCAGAUUUCCAGGAACUUGGAGAUCAGCAUCAAACUCGCGAGCCAAACAACGGUCGCGAGACAGAAUGGGGCCCUGAGUUCUUCCCAGAAGGUGAAACGCCUGGGACAUCGACUGUAACGAACAGUCUUAUAAGUUAUGAACGAUACCUUUCGAGCCUCCAACCCGGAUUCCCUCAAGGACAGUCUGGCCAUGUCAGCAGUGCAACGUGGAAGCCUCGAGAAGGGAAGAGCACGAAGAAGUCGUCAAAGUGGUCAAGGGGGUCAUCAUACAAGAUACAAAGGAAGCAGGGGAAGAGGUCGAGAAAGCCGAAACAGGAUCAUCACGUCGCCGGUCCGGCCGUCGAGCCCCCUUGUUCCCCUAGGCUAUAUCCAAAUAAAUAUCUGGAUAGCGAUGGCGAUCUUAUGUUCCCGACUGUUAAUGAGCUAUGUGGAAUGACAGGGGCGGAUCAAGAAGAGUGGCAGCGAGCGUGUGAAACCUCUAAGUAA